AUGAAACGAUUUAUUCAUUUUGAAUAUGAUGAUAAAGAUUUCAAACCUAUUAAUGACUAUAAAAAACAUCAAGUGUUGUCAUUAGAUAUAGCUCUUAAACCUGUUUUAUCUUAUGUCGACCAAUUGGAACAUUAUAUGGAAAAAGCAAAGCGCUGUUGUCAUUAUUCUUUGACAUAUGGUACUACUGAAGAUGAAUCAGCUGCUAUUUAUCUCUAUACGGAUGAUUGGGGAGAUCAAAGCUUACAUAAUGUCUUGAAUCGUACAUUACAAACUAGAAAUAAAAUACAAUUAGAACUUUGGCUAGAUUUCCUUAAAUUAUUUUAUACAGCUCUGGAAAAAUUACCCAAUGUCAAGGAAACACUUUGGCGAGGUUUACCCAUUGAUAUUUCAAAGAAACUAGAAGAAGAUGACGAAUUGAUAUUAUGUUGUGUAACUUCAUGUUCAUUGUCCAUUGAUAUUAUGGGAUGCUUUCUCGAAAAUAAUCCAAUUCUUUGCUCAAUUGAAUCAUUCAACGGAAAAGAUAUUCGUGAUUAUACGCCUAAUACCGAUAUUGAUCAUCGGGAAACAAGAUCUACGGCAUCAACAAAUGCAAUGAAUGAUGAAUCAUCGCCAAAAAAAAAGAAAUCCAACGAAGACGAAAUUAAAGUAGUUACUACUUUUUUCAAUGGUGAUCAAUAUAAAUUAAAAUACCGAAAUGGUAAGAAGCAAAAUUAUGCGAAAUAUUACAAAGUUAAUGGAGAAAAAGUUGAAGGUAAAGAUGCCGAUGAUAAAGCAACUGGAGAAGGAAUUUGCACUGAUCUAAACGGCAGUCGUUAUAUAGGAGCAUUCAAACAUGGUAAUAGACAUGGUCAUGGUAUUCUUGAUGAUACAAAUGGAAUGGUACAAGCAGGUCUCUGGGCUAAUGAUGAAGUAACUGAUCAAGAUUUAAAAAUAAUAUCAAAUGGCCAUUUUUAUGAGUGGAAAAAUGACAAAGGCGAACAGCGUCAGUAUCGUGUUUAUGAUGAUAAAAAUGGAAAUAAAUACAUUGGCAAUAUAGUUGAUGGUAAGGCACAAGGAUUAGGCAUACGAAUUUGGUCAGAUAAUAAUCGAUAUGAAGGUAAUUUCGACGAUGAUAAAAAACAUGGAUAUGGUAUUUAUUAUUAUACUGAUCGAGAUAUUUAUAAGGGUCAAUGGGCUAAUGAUGAGAUUAAUGGAGAAGGAAAACUAACAUGGGCCAGUGGCACUUACUAUCAAGGAGAAUUCGUCGAUGGAAAGCGACAUGGUCAAGGAACUUUAAUAUUUGCUGAUGGACAAAGACAAGACGGUAAAUGGAAAAAGGAUCAAUACGUCAGUUAA